AUGUUAGAUGAUACAUUGAAGGAAAAAAUCACAGAAAUGGAGGAAGAAGAGGAAGGCGCCGCGUCUAAAGUUUCCCUCAAGGUUGGUCCGACUCCUCCGGAGGAACGUUGCUUGUUACCCUGUUUGCAGUUAUGUGCGAACCCAAUCUCUGUUCUACUCGGUCUUUUUUUCAUCAUGUUUAUACAGACUAUGGUUGUAUCUGGACUAAUCAGUAGCAUGUUAACCACACUGGAACGUCGCUUCAAUUUCAGUACCAGACAAGUGGGAUAUAUGAUCAGUUGUUAUGAGGGUUCCGGUGUACUGACCACUGUGGCCAUUAGUUUUGUCAACGGACAAAGGCAUAACCGAUUACGCAUCGUCGGUCUGUCUACGUUGUUGCUGGCGCUUGGGUUUGGCUUAUUCGCGCUGCCGCACUUUCUGGUCGGACCAUACAAUCCAGACCUUUCUACCGUACCUUCCUCUUCGAUUCUGUCUAUUAUGGUAAACAGAUCUAAUUCACUUUCAGCGGUGGUUCCAACUACACCUUUGGCGAUCAAUUCAUCUGUUCACACUGGAACUACAGAUAAAAUUGUGCAGACGGACCCCAUUCAUUCCCUGUCGUUGUCCAUAUUCUGUGUGGCCAUGGUUCUGGCCGGAGUCGGUGCCAGUCCUUUACACGUCCUAGCUCCUACUUAUUUGUGGGACAACUUAAACGACAAGCAAUACCCAUUAUACUCAGGUUUGUGCUUUUCUUCUAAUUUUUAA